AUGGGUGGCAUGAACCCCAUGAGCGGUGGAAUGAAUCCUAUGGGAAUGCACCCAAUGGGUCAAAUGGCCCAAAUGUUCCCAGGACUGACUGGCGGAAUAUCCCCAAUGACCGGGAGUGUCCAAAAACAAGGACAAACAGCGUGUCCCCCGACCCCAACAACAUGUCCGGUGCCUCAGCCAUGGUGUGAAAGAAUAGCAGACAACAAUGGGUGUAUUAAAUGUCUCUGUGGAAAGGAACUGGUAGCCUACGUGCAAACGCUGAAUGGGCAGACAAUACAAACAACUCAGAGACCAUUUAAUGACACAACAACCGUUCAACCAAUCACGACGCCUGAUAAAACUACGUAUGCGCCGACGACAUCCACUAAGAUUCAGUCUUGCCUAGAUACUUUCUACUGUACAAAGAUAUGUGAUUUUGGUUUUAAGACCGAUUCUUCAAACUGUCCUUUGUGUGAAUGCUUGGACGGAACUUUGAUUGACACACCAGUCCUUUUUCUCGUUUUGCUCAAAGACUACUUUACGAGGUAUAUAUUACAUAUUGCUCUCUUAAAACAACAGCGAAAUAGACAUGCUUGCACACUUGACAAGCAUUUCCGGUGGUUUUUCCAAUACCGGAAAUGGCGUAUACCGGAAAUGGAGGAAAUGCCAGAUAACUCAUGCUUCAAUGCAACUGAUCCUCCAGGAAAAUUUGCAUCAAAAACAACCAGCAGCCGUCCAAUUGUGACGGAUCAAGUGACGUCAUGUCCGGGAAUAUUCGACUGUGCAAUAAUUUGCAACAACGGGUAUAAAACAGACAUACACGGCUGCCCUCUUUGUGAAAAUUGA